GCCAUGGCGUUCACGGUGGCGGAUUACACCGUCUUCGUGCUGCUGCUGGUGCUCUCCUCCGCCAUCGGGCUGUUCUACGCACUGAGCGGCGGCCGGCAGCGCACGGUGCAGGAGUUCCUGCUGGCCAACCGCAGCAUGAGCUUCCUGCCCGUGGCCCUGUCCUUGCUGGCCACCUUCCAGUCAGCCGUGGCCAUCCUGGGCGUGCCGGCCGAGAUCUACCGCUUCGGCACCGAGUACUGGUUCUUGGGCUGCUGCUACUUCCUGGGCCUCCUGAUCCCGGCGCAUGUCUUCAUCCCUGUCUUCUACCGCCUCCACCUCACCAGCACCUAUGAGUACCUGGAGCUGCGCUUUAACAAGGCUGUGCGUGUGUGUGGCACCGUGACCUUCAUCUUCCAGAUGGUGAUUUACAUGGGGGUCGUUCUCUAUGCACCUGCGCUGGCUCUCAAUGCAGUGACUCAGUUUGACCUCUGGGGGGCGGUGCUGACCAUGGGCCUGGUCUGCACCCUGUACACCACCCUGGGUGGGCUGAAGGCCGUCAUAUGGACCGACGUCUUCCAGACGCUGGUGAUGUUCGCAGGGCAGCUGGCCGUCAUCGUGGUGGGCACCGUCAAGGUGGGCGGCAUGGGGCGGGUCUGGCAGCUGGCGGCUGAUCAGGGGAAGAUCUCUGGAAUCGACCUCAACCCUGACCCCUUUGAGCGUCACACCUUCUGGACCCUGGCCGUCGGGGGCGUCUUCAUGAUGCUGUCGCUGUAUGGCGUGAACCAGGCCCAGGUGCAGCGCUACCUCAGCUCCCGCACCGAGCGGGAGGCCGUGCUCUCCUGCUACGCCGUCUUCCCCUGCCAGCAGGUGGUGUUGUGCCUCAGCUGCCUCACGGGCCUGGUCAUGUUUGCCUAUUACCAGGAGCAUCCGCUCACGGCAGCCCAGAGCCAGGCCUCCUCCGACCAGCUGGUUCUGUACUUCGUCAUGGACGUCCUGAAGGACCUGCCCGGCCUGCCCGGCCUCUUCGUCGCCUGCCUCUUCAGCGGCUCCCUGAGCACAAUUUCCUCGGCCUUCAACUCCCUGGCCACGGUGACCAUGGAGGACCUGAUCCACCCCUACUUCCCCGGCCUGCGGGAGUCCCGUGCCACGCUGCUCUCCAAGCUGCUGGCUCUCAGUUAUGGCCUGCUCUGCCUGGGGAUGGCCUACCUCUCCUCCAUGAUGGGCCCCAUGCUGCAGGCUGCCAUCAGCAUCUUCGGCAUGGUGGGCGGCCCGCUGCUGGGACUCUUCUGCCUAGGAAUGUUCUGCCCGUGUGCCAAUCCCACCGGUGCGAUCGCUGGGCUGGCAGCCGGGCUGGCCAUGGCCUUCUGGAUCGGCAUUGGGAGCCUGGUGUCCAACCUGCGGGCGGCCCCCUCGGCCCCGCCGCUGUCCAACGUCACCGACUUCCCGCAGGCCAGCAACCUGAGCACGGCCAUCGCCACCACCCUGCUGACCUCGACCCCGGCCCCAAAGCGCCUCUCGGGGCUCCAGAAAUUCUACAGCCUGUCGUACAUGUGGUACAGCGCCCACAACUCCACCACCGUCAUCCUGGUGGGCCUGCUGGUCAGCCUGCUCACGGGUCCCACCAAGGGAGCGACCGUCAACCCUCGCACCAUCUACCCCGUGCUGCCCCGGCUGCUCUGCUGCCUGCCCCAGAGGUAUCGGGAACGGCUGAGCUGUGGGGUGGGCUGCUCCGCUGAGGACGGGAGCUGCGUGGAGCCGGCGCCCCAGGCCCCGGAGAAGACCAGCAAUGGAAUGCUGAAUGGCCCCAUCGGGGGCCUGGCCCCUGCGGAGGAGGCGGAGGGCGAGGGCUUUGCCAGGGCGGAGGGCGCUCACACCUACAUCCUGCAGGAGACGUCGCUCUGA